UUUUGUGCUCCUGUCAGAUUUGAUCAUUUCUCAAUAAUGCUAAAUUAUUAUUGUUUCUAAGGUAACUACUCAAUAGUUGCCUGAAUCUCAAAACCUGAAGCAGAAUUGUCAGACGUCUAAAACGGCUCCAAAGUGGUGAAUGAGAUGGAAGAAAAUGAAGAUACAUGUCGUCAAAUGAUGGAUACAAAUCCGGCCUCUGCAGGAAAUAGUGACGGUGACAAUCAGUGUUAUGAUGGAACUUUGCCAAAAGAUGGCUUGAAAGAUGGAAGCAUGGAAAGUAAGGGAACAGAAGAUGGUGCGCCCAAAGCUACAUUUGGAUGUCAGCACUACAAAAGGAAAUGCAAGCUAUUUGCACCAUGCUGUGGUCGGGCCUACACCUGUCGUUUCUGUCACAAUGAUGUGGAGAAUCACUGUCUUGACCGGCGACAGGUCAUGGAGGUGGUCUGCAUGCAAUGUAAAACACAGCAGCCAGUGCAGAAAAACUGCCAACAAUGCAAUCUCGAAUUUGGACGGUAUUAUUGUGCGCAAUGCAAGCUGUUUGAUGAUGAUGACAAGCAGCAGUACCACUGUGAAGGAUGCGGGAUCUGUCGCAUAGGUGGUCGAGAGCGGUUCUUUCACUGCACAGUCUGCGAUAUGUGCCUCCCAAUGCGCCUGCAGGGCAACCACAAGUGUGUGGAGCGUGUGUCUCGGACCAAUUGCCCCGUCUGCUUGGAAGACAUCCACACUUCUCGCAUUCCAUCUCAUAUCCCCCCCUGUGGGCAUCUCAUACAUCGCACUUGCUUUGGUGACAUGCUCAAGAGUGGCCUGUAUGCCUGCCCUGUCUGCAAUACCUCCAUGAUAAACAUGGAGAAGGUUUGGCAACAUUUGGAUGAGGAGAUCCAGGAGACCCCCAUGCCUGAUGAUUAUCGGAAUCUCUUUGUUAUGAUAUUGUGUAGGGACUGUCACAAGGAAUCAGAAGUGGCAUUUCAUAUUCUGGGUCUCAAGUGUCAGGAAUGCGGGUCAUACAAUACCUGCCGGAACAAGGGAAAGGCUGUUUUGCGUGUACCAGUGGUGGAUCCAAAAUGCCCCGAACUCGUAAAGACCGGUCUCGUCAGCUACGCUAGCCGAAGGGGAAAGGGCAAGGCUCAUCCCUUAGGAGCCGUGUCCUUCGACCUCGAAAGCGGCCAAGGGCAAGGAGACCCCGACCUGACAAACCUGCACGUCGACGAUCCGUCUGACCCCAUCGACCAAAACCAUGGAACCCUCUUAGAAGCCUACUGA